AUGUCAACGGUGAUAGGGUUUCAGAAAUCUCCGUCGAUGACUAUCCCCACCAGGUACCAUCAUAUCCAUGUGGAGAACCUUAGCCAGAGAUCAAACCGAAACCCUCAUCCAGAUGUGAAUGGUGGCGAUGCUAGGAGAUCUAAAAACUCUUAUGAGGGUGGUUGUGAUGUUCGGAAUUUCGGACUACCUUUGCCACGAAAGAUUGAACUUAUCGUGGAUUGUUUGAAGAGUGACCAUCUUAAAGCACAAAAACACGUAGGCAAAACCGUAGAAGUGACAUAUGGAUUAUGUUCACAUGUAAACGGCACCGUUCCAUGGGGAAAUCAACUCUCCAAGAACACAUUUCAUCGUUCAAAUUUAAUCAAUCUCGCCUCAUCAAGAAAACCCAUCAGCUUCAUCUGCAGCAGUUCCUCCAUUGUGUCAACAAGCACUACCAAUUACGAGUUUUCAGAUGACUCACAAGAGGUAGAGCUGAGAUUAUUUCUUGGAGAUGAAAGCAUUCAGAGCUCGAAGGAUGUCAUUGUUGACAUCGAUGAGAAAUUCUUAACCAUCAAAACGAAACACGAUGGAUCCUUUAGAAUCGCCAUGGAAAUUAGCUUGUAUGAGAAGAUAAAGCCAGCUGAAACAAUAUGGUUGUUAGAUGACGAUCAACUGGUUGUAAAUUUAAAGAAACAAGAUCCCGAUGUGAAAUGGCCUGACAUCACAGAAACAUGGGAGUCAUUAACAGUUGGAGUUGUGCAACUUCUGAAAGGGGCUUCAGUUUAUUUAGUUGGGGAGUCCUCAGAAAUCAACCAUAAAGUUUCUAGAGAGUUAGCCGUUGGCCUUGGGUAUACACCACUGAAUACAGAAGAGCUACUGGAAACUUUUACCAAGCAAACAGUUGAUUCAUUGGUGAUUGCAGAAGGAUCAAAUGCUGUAGCAGAAGCAGAAGGUGUCAUAUUGGAAAGCCUAAGUAGUCAUAUUCGUUCGGUUGUUGCAACAAUAGGAGGGCGGCACGGGGCUGCUGCAAGUGGGGAUCGCUGGCGGCAUCUUUACGCCGGAUUUACGGUCUGGUUGUCACAAUCUGAAGCUAAAGAUGAAGUGGGUGCAAAAGAGGAGGCCAGGAUGAACAUUGAGGGUGGUGGUGGUCAGGGUUUUUGUAAUGCUGAUGUGGUGGUGAAAAUUGGUGGUUGGGAUAGUGACUAUUCUAAAGCUGUGGCACAGGCUGCAUUGAGUGCCCUUAAACAAUUGAUCCUGUCAGAUAAAAAACUUCCAGGUAAGAAGGGUCUUUAUAUAAGGCUGGGAUGUCGUGGUGAUUGGCCGAAUAUUAAGCCACCAGGGUGGGACCCAUCAUCUGGAACAGGUUUUCAUCGGGUUGACUUUCUGGUUUAGGAGACAUGAUAAGAAGAAUGCAAUCACUAAAUGAUAGAAGCCAAAUUGGAGAUGACUAAUUAUCUAGAAAACACCAAAAGAAAUAACACGAUUGAAACAAUUUUCUUCUCUAUUCAUGAAGGAAAUUACAAAAAUUUAAAUAAUAAAUGCAAUACUUCCUUGAAAUAUGUAAGAAACGGAAACAUGGAGUACUACUUAUUGUAAUCUAAUAUGUCUAUUAAAAAGGAUAUACAUGAGAAAUUAAAGGGAACAUUAAUGCA